AUGGAUGUUCUCAAGGCUAUAAUUAGGUUGAGUGUUCUGGCAGAAAUGGGGCAUUAUAGUAUUCUGAUUGAGAAUUUCUGCAAGGCUAGUCAAUAUAAUAACGUUGUUAAGUUGUUGGAUAAGCUCACUGAGAAGGAGAUCAUUUUGAGGCCUCAGAGUACUUUGCAUAUGGAGGCUAGUGCAUAUAACCCGAUUAUAGAGUAUCUUUGCAACAAUGGCCAGACAGCAAAAGCAGAAAUCCUUCUGUGGCAGCUGAUGAAAAUGGGCGUUCAAGAUCCCGUUGCUGUGAAUAAUCAAGAGAAAUAUUCUUUCAGAAAAAAGUGCCUAUGA